CACUGACCACCUUUUUACUCUGAAACUACAAAACCUCUUCUAAGUCCUUCAAUGGCGGAGCUUAUGAAUUUCGUUCUCCUAUUUAUUUGCAGUUUUCCGCUACAAUGUCCUAUUUUUCGCGGAUAAUUCUUUAGCAGUGCAAUGUCAUGUUACUGAGUUUUUUUUUUGAGAGAAUUCGAGCGGUGGUUGGUGAAUUUUGCAAAGGCUUUAAGGUCCUUGCUUCUGCCUUGCAGUAAAAUUGAACAAAGCUGACUGUAGUGAUUAUUCAGUUUUUCCUUUUCUCUGAGAAGUUUUAUCAGAAAAGAAGAAAGAACGAAAGAACUCGAGUGACUUUCAAGUUUCCAUUUUUGGUAAUUAAUGGCAAUGGAUCUUGGGAUUCUUGUAUUGGGUCUCUGAAAUAUUCGGUGCAUUUUAGUGAAGGACUGAGGCUCUCGAUUUCCUUUUUCUGUCUUUCUUUAUCAAGAUGCAUGCCAAAUCAGACUCCGAUGUCACAAGCUUGGCCCCUUCUUCUCCUUCAAGGUCUCCAAAGAGACCCGUUUAUUAUGUUCAAAGCCCAUCUAGAGAUUCUCACGAUGGGGAUAAGUCCUCUUCUCUGCAAGCAACUCCAGUUUAUAAUAGCCCAAUGGAGUCCCCUUCUCACCCUUCUUUUGGAAGGCAUUCUCGAGCUUCAUCGGCAAGUCGAUUUUCAGGGGCUUUGAGGUCUUAUGGUCGCAAGAUUAACCCACAUGAAAGGGGUAACAAGAAGAUGAAUGAUAAGGGUUGGCCUGAAUGCAAUGUGAUCCAAGAAGAGGGCUCUUAUGAUGACAUUGAGGAGAAUGCCGGCUUCUCUCGGAGAUGCCAAGUCUUGCUUGCUGUUCUGUGUUUUGUUCUUAUUUUCACAAUGUUCUCUGUCAUUCUAUGGGGGGCCAGUCGACCUUACAAACCAGAUGUUAUUGUGAAGAGCCUGACAGUUGGUGACUUUUCCUUGGGGCAAGGGACAGAUUACUCCGGGGUGCCAACCAAGAUGCUCAAUACAAACUCCACCUUGAAACUAAGCAUAUACAAUCCUGCAACUUUCUUUGGGAUUCAUGUCAGCUCCUCGCCAAUCAACAUUAUGUUUACUGAGAUACCUAUCGCAACAGGACAGUUGAAGAAAUAUUACCAACCAAGACAGAGCCAGAGAACCGUGUCCAUUGUAUUGCAAGGGAAUAAAGUCCCUCUGUAUGGAGCUGGGGCUAGUUUGACUGGAUCAUCAACUCUAGGUGCGGUUUCUCUACGGCUUGAGUUCGACAUAAAAUCCCGAGGAAACGUCGUUGGAAAGUUGGUAAAAUCAAGAAACCGAAGGCGUAUUACUUGUGAUUUUGUCCUAGAUUCGAGUAAGCUUAAGCCCAUCAAGUUCUUGAAGGAUUCUUGUACUUAUGGUUAGUUUAUUCAGAUUUAGGGCUUCUUGUACCAAUGAUUAGUGUCAUUUGGAUUUAAAGGAUAGGGAUUUAGGGUUUCGACUCUCUUGUUAAGUAUGGAUAGUGUCCUUGGGCUUUUGCAUUGCUUGGUAUGUUCAUUGCCUUAGUAUGUUAUUUAUGGGGUUAAUUAUUUAUUUCUAUCUAGUGAAAUCUAAGAGUUACGUGGGUGUGAAGUUGUAAUA